AUGUAAGUACUAAUAUUGUUUUAUACCAUUAUAGUAGAAUUAAGGUGGAAUCCUCAAAUGAUCAUCUUAGUGAUACAGAAAAUACAUUGCACAAAAUUCACACUUUUUUUCAUAAUGAACUCAUUUAGCAAAUAGUCAUAGAUGAAAAUUAUUUGAACAUAGUCAGUCAUAUUUAUAAAGCAAGAGUAAUGUGUUAGUCAAUGGUGAAAAAUUCAAAGCUGUUUUAGAAAUUGAUCUGAGAUUCUGUGAUUUAUACUACCGCUAAUGAUGGUUUCUCAUGUGCUUAAUUCCAGUACCAUAGCCAUCACUGGAGUAUCCAUCUCUCUCUUUCAAGGACUCCCAACAUUUCUCCCUUUUAGUCCUUCCUCCCAACAACUCAACUGGGUAGAUCAGUUUUUCUGUUGUGCUGCCUUUGGCCCUUUCUUACUACCUUGAUAUCAUACUUUUAAGUCCCACGCAUGAGAGUGAACAUUCUGCAUCUAACCCUUUCUUUCUGACUUCACUUGGCAUCAUAUCUCUUGUUCUGUGUUCCCGCAAAUUGCAUGAUUUUGUUCUUUCUUAGAGGUGCAUAGUAUACCAUUGUGCAAAAAUGCCACUUUUGGAUCCAUUUAUCUGUAGAAGGGCAUUUCAGUUGUUUCUUGGCUACUAUACUAAGCUUGGCAAUGAAUACAGGCAGGCAUAUAUCCUUCUCAAUUAAUGUUUUUGUGUUUUGGAGAUCAAUGCCAAGAAAUAGUAUUGUUGGAUAUAUGAUAUUUCUAUUCCCAAAGAAUUUGGAACAAAGCAACAGUAACCUAACUUUCUAGAAAUGUCUUAGGUUUUACAAUUAAUUAAAAUAGAGAGAUUGUUUAGAAUUUUUAAAACUUGGAAUUGAAUUCUAAAAGACUAUUUUUAAAAUUUUUACCUUAAAAUUUAUGUUCACAGCACUUUUCAAAGACUGACUGUCACUAUAGCUAUAUACUCGAUCCCAAUAUGGGUAGAGCAAAAAUUUCAUUUCAAUUUUGCCAGUUCUUAUUCUGUAGCACUGUCCUCCCGUUGUUCAUCCAUUUGCUCGAGUGGGCCCAGUAAGGUCUCCACUGUGAAACUUGUUACUGUUGUUGAAAUAUUACCCCCCUAACAGGACAUAAAGAAUGUAUAAAUAUGAGGAAAGAAUAGAAAUAAUGCAUUUUGUUAAAUCAUUCACAAAGUCAUUCUUGUUCUUUUUGUUGAUGUUGUACUGAUUCUGAGAACUGAGGAUAACUGAAAAUGCCGUGAACCUGGCUGAUGAAAGGUGUGGGCCACUAACAGGGAGUAGUACUCACUCAUGGAAAGGUGGAAGCAAUAGUCCCCUAGGAUCUUCAUCCCUCAGUGACUGCAGAGUGAGAAAUGAAUGUGGAAGUCUGAAGCUUCAGGUGGAAGCCAGGAGGAUUUGGCGGAACCACGUGGGUGCCAGGGAUUCAACCCAGGUCGGCAGCAUACAAGACAAGUGUCCUGCAUCCUGCAUUGCCUGCCCAGCCCGGAGGCUAGAUUUGAACCCACAAAGGACAUGGCAUGUCAACUGCUCUUAAAAUAAUUUAUUAACUAUUAUUACUGCUGAAAGACAUGGAAGUCUCCUAAUGAGGUGCCAUGGGAUUCUGGAAGAUCACCCCCUUUCUGGCUCUCAGCAUUCUGGCCCUGACUCAGGUGGGGAUCCUUCAGGCUUUACCUAUCAGCACUGACAUGGAGAGUCGCCACUACCCUGAUCACUCCCCUAAAGAGGAAUCACGACUUCAACUUGCUGAUGUAGUAAUGAAAGUAUAUGCUCUGAAGAUGAAGGCCACUGGGCUGCCACAGAAGAAAGAAGUCACUCGCCUGGACGCCUCCAGAGGGAAGCGGUGCAGUAAUCUGAGCACCUGUGUGCUGGGCACGUACACGCAGGACCUCAACAGGUUUCACACGUUCCCUCAAACUGCAGUUGGGGUUGGAGCACCUGGCAAGAAGAGAUUCAUGCCCAACAGCAUGGAGAGAACCCGGGGCUCUCACGUUGGCAGGCUCCAGAAUACCUAUUAAAUCCUCCCUCUCCUCGUCCAUUUUGGCUUUCUCUGGAUAUUCUCUGGCUGCUUUUUGGACAAGUCAAUGGCUUUCUUAAGAGGCACUAAAGUCUCAGAUGGGAGGAGAAAAAGGGCUCUGAGUCUAGAAGAGAAUCACCCAGUAAGACAGUAGGGAAAGGAGCCCUGUAAGUUCCCUAAGGAUUUCACAGCAGAGCCUCAUAGUCUUGUUUCUGAGUAUACUGAUCUCUGGGGAA